CUCGCGGAGAGAGUGAGUAGCCAAGAGAAACUCCGGUUUGUUCAAUUGGACACCACAGCGCCGGUUCAAGGAACUUUAUCGAGACAAGAGACGAGACAGGACAAGAUAAAGAGGCAUAUCGUAUCGCUGUACUGACGAGCGAAGAGGAAACAAUGGAGCAGGAUCCAGCUAAUUUAUUUGCUAUAUAUUUUAAUAGCUGUAUGCAUAGGCAUAAUAAGGUUUACAAAUUAAUUCUUGUCAGGGGUAUGAUAUGAGCAAUUUAGUGGUAGAUAAAGAGAGAGUCAGUUCAUUAAUUAUCUUAUACUAGCGGAUUGAUUAUAUGUAUGCAAAGAGGCUUAUUUUAGGCGAUCCUGCUUUCAUGUCCAUCUACACUGCAUAUAUCAUUUUAUGGCAUACAGUACUCAAAAGCAGGCUUCUGUUGUUGUUGCUGUUGUUGUUGUUUUGCAGAUUUUGGUAAAUGGGUCAUCGCAUUACCUCCUAAGCCUUAUACCCUUUUCACUCACCCUUAAUACGGCACCAGGGCGCCCUUUUUCUCCCACUUACCCUGAGAGAGAGAAAAAAAAGACUUUCUUGUUGUUCUCGUUGCUUCUUCUUAUCAUACAUCGUACUAAAAAUAAAAGUAAAAUAAACAAAGAGCGGACGAACGGAGCAUAACGGCCAUGAUCAAGUUAAAAUGCAUUGCGUGUUCGGUAGAAAUGCGACAAAAAGGUUAGUGUACGUGAUGCUUAAUAUGAG